AUGUCAGUAGUUGCUCAAAGAAAAAAGUUUACCCAAGAUCCCGUUAAACUUUUGAAGUCGAAUCGAGAUUAUGUUACUGGUAUGGAAACUUGUGAAUUUACGUAUGAAUGGACAAUUAAUGGAGUCGAAUAUGACCCGAAAGAAAUUAAAUCACCAAAAUUUUCGUCUCAUUAUUCGGACUUUAACGACGAAUGGGUUUUGAAAAUAGAUCCAAAUAAUUCUAAAUUAAUACGUCGAAUGACAUGUGUUCCAAUGCAAUUACAACCUACAUCAUUCAGUGGAUUCAAUGAUACUUCACAAUUACAAACAAAAUAUGGUGUAAAGUUCUUUGUUAAUGAAAAAGAAUGGGACCGAACGCAAACUAAAGAUGAUUAUACAGCAAUUUUUACUGAUAAACUUUCAAAAAAAGUAUAUUUGCGUAUUGAUUUCUUCGGAUCACUAACUUUGAAAGGUUUAUUGAAUGAUAAACUUUUGCAAAAGCUUCAAUUUAAAAUUUGUUGUAUAAUAAAAAUGUCUAAGAAACUAACAAAUAAUUCUGAUGUCACUUCAAAAUUUACUGCAACACAACAAUUGAGUGCAGACUUGGAAAAACUUUUGUUAAAUGAUAAAUCAACUGAUUUUACCAUUAAAGUGGGUCAAAAAUCAUUUCGUGCAAUCAAAGGCAUUCUUGAAGCACGCAGUCCUGUUUUUGCUGCAAUUGUUAAUAAUGUAAAUGAAAUGAACAAUAAAAGUUAA